ACAUUGUCGUAGCGAAAAUUACGCACCAAAUAUUAAACUUGAAUAAAACCAUGACACACGCAUUGAUGGAAUGAUAUACUUAAAUAGGUUUUUUUUCAUGUAUGUUUCACAUUGAUAAAACUAAUCGCAUUUUUUUAAUAUUAUUUAUUUAAAUAGUGACGUGAGAUUUAUCAGCGACGGACGUUUUCUCUGUGAGUGUGAGGUGCCGAGAUACUUUUAAUUCUGUGUGAUAAAAUCGAUGUAAACAGUUGUCCGAUAAAGAAAAUAGUCGACCAUGUUUAGCUAAGCGAGCAGUCGUUAUACUGCCGGUAAACGUGUAGACACGCGUUGUCUUCGUACGGACGAGGUCAACCCAGCGCCAUGAAGACGAAUAAAAUAAGGAGUUCUUUCUCAAUGAAAACAUUCUUCUACAUUUUCACAACGUUCAUGCUAAUUAUGUUGUACGUAUCGUUGAGAGAUUUAAAAUCAACCAAUGAGAAAUUAUUGGCGGAGAAAUACAUGCAGAACUUAGAGCCGUUGAUGGAAAGAGUGCUUUUGAAAUUAAAUGAAGAUGACGAGUUGAGAAGAAAGGAAUCGGGCAUGAAGUAUAUUUUGCAGUGGACGUCCCCGACAACCAUGCCGUUUGCCUUCAUGGGCAAAGGUCAACAGGCAUUCAUUGAAAAGAACUGCACUUUCAAAAAUUGCUACGUGACGAACAACAGGACACUUUUGGGUGAUUACACAAAAUUCGACGUCAUCGCGUUCCACGGGCCAGAAGUUAUUCGCAUGGCUAAAUCUAGUUUACCAGAUCGGAGGUCACUGCGACAGAAGUACGUUUUUGGAUCUAUGGAAUCCUCUGACUAUUACCCUGUUUGUUCGGACAAAUUUAAUGAUUAUUUCAAUUGGACCUGGACUUAUAAACUUGAACCGUAUGCGAAAUGGGGUUACUUAACGGUACGAGAUUUGAACAAUAACAUAAUUGGACCGAAAGAUGUUACGCACUGGAUUAAGCUGUCAGAAAUGGAACCAGUGAGCACUGAAUUUAGGAAUAAGUUGAAAACUAAAAAGAAAGCAGCCGCUUGGUUCGUUUCUAAUUGCAAUUCGAGGAGUGGUCGUGAAGUGUUCGUAAAAAAGUUACAAGACGAGUUGAAACAAUACAACUUAGAUGUGGACAUUUACGGUGGUUGUGGUCCCUUUCGGUGUUCCCGGGACAGUGAAAAUGCUUGUGACAAGGUUGUCGAGAACGAUUAUUAUUUCUAUCUAUCGUUUGAGAAUUCCUUCGCUGAGGAUUAUGUGACUGAGAAGUUGUUGCGACCCCUUAUUCAUGACGCUGUUCCAAUUGUUUACGGUGCCGCAAAUUACACAAGGUUCAUGCCAGAUGGCAUAUACUUGAACGCGCGAGAACUCGGCGUCGAGAAGUUAGCGCGAAGGAUGCACGAGAUCAUACAAAAUCCAGAUACGUACGCCGAUUUCUUCCGAUGGAAGAACCAUUACUACUACCACGACAGCUUGGACUACGUGGACUCGGAUUACUAUUGCGGUUUUUGUGAGAUGCUAAACAAUGAUGAGUAUGUGAGGAGUUUUAGUGUGAUAAAGGACUUUCGAAAGUGGUGGGAUCCGCCUGGACGGUGUUGAUCAAAGUAGUUUUAAGUAACAAACUGUUAAUGUGGGCACUGACCAGUGUAAUGGGGCGUAACGUAAGAUUAUUAUUGUUUUUUAUUUUUUCAAUUCUUUACAAGUUAGCCCUUGACUACAAUCUGGACUGAUGGUAAGUGAUGAUGCCAUCUAAGAUGGACCGGGCUAACUUUUGGAGGAGGAGAAGGAGGUUGUACGCUUAUUAGGACCAUUGUUUGGAAUUUCGUACUAAAUAGCCAUGUCUAGACGUCAUUCCAAAUCAAAAUCAAAUCAAAAUUAAUCAAUUCAACACACAGUAAAGAUUUAGCCAAGAUCAAACCCAAAUGGCUUGCAUAUAAGAUGCUCUACUAACACGCUACUAAAAAGAGCUUGAAGCAUCAGUAAACAUAUUAUUAAAGAAUUAAUGUUAUAGCUUCUGAACUUCGUUCGUAACACCAGUGAUGGUCCGCGCGGGCCGGGGGGCGUGUAGCGAUAAAUGAAAAACCCACGAUUGAUGCACCUCACUUCCCCGCACGCACGAUUUCACACCCGCGUGUCACAGUCUUUCCCCCCGUCGCCCGCAUAACAUGGGAGUGUUACGACAAACUUGCCAGACUAUAACUUAGUAUUACAUCCAAAGGCAUUUAGCGGGAAAAGGAAGAAGCAAAGAACAUAUAAAGCGAGCCAUAUUUUGCUGCCAGUAUGGGAAACAAGCGAGCAAAAAGCCGCUUUUUCCCUACUCGGGACACAGUUUCUGGGAAUAUAACAUUACGCACCGUAAAGCUGGUCAGUACCCACCAUUAUAAAUAGUAAAAUAUACGUAUAUUUAUGUGAAUAUAUCUUGUAUUAUUAGAGAAGAAUUGUACUAAUAAGCUAGAAUAAUGAAUGCUGAAGUUGUUCGGCCUAGCAUGCGACCAAGUGAAGAGAAAUAGACAAAAUGUUGUCCAAUGGCGGCGGAGUUGUUUGAGUCAUAAACAGAUAGCGGCAAUGUGAAUUUUAUACUAUAGAUCCGAAAAAUAGGCUACAAAACUGAACGCACACACUCAGUUUUGUCUUUAAUUCCAUUAUUUAUUUAUGAUUAGAUAGUGUUUACACUUCCUGAACACACAACUCGAGAUUGUAGACGAUAUUUAAGAGUUAUUUGUUUAAAUAACGUUCUUUGUUGACCACAACUAACUUGGAGAUGGCGAAUUUUUCUCUUUUGAGCGCCUCAUUUUUCAUGACCUACUAACACAUCUAACAUGUAUUUAACAUCAUUGGAUAGCGGUAUUUCCAAUAUAAUAUAAAUAACGUUCUUUGUUGACCACAACUAACUUGGAGAUGGCGAAUUUUUCUCUUUUGAGCGCCUCAUUUUUUAUGACCUAGUAACACAUCUAACAUGUAUUUAACAUCAUUGGAUAGUGGUAUUUCCAAUUGUGCCGCCAUGGUUUGAAAUUUAUCUAUUUCUCUUCGUCGUUGGUCGCAUGUUGACACUACUGUUAAUGAUGACUUACGCUGGUGUGUACAUUCCUUUAAAAUUCUUAUUCCAAAGUAAUAAUGUGAUAUAAUUUAGUUAUAUUUACUUACCUGCUCGUGUAAGCAUUAUGUAAAAUUCAGUAACCAAAAUUUACAAAAAAAGGUUGUGAUUGUACAAGUAGGUUAUUUUUUUUUAUUUUAACGUGUGUAGCAGCACGAAAAUAUCGAAUACAGCUGGACGUACAAAGUUGAAAUUUGGUAGGGAGGUAGUUUAUAGAAAGUAGAAAUCCGCUUAGAAAAGACUUUACGAGAGGGCCGGAUUAAGGUAGACCAAAUCGCGGGCGUCCGCUAGUAGUUUAUAAUAAUUUUAGUUAAGCGAUCUCCUCAAUACGACCAGCUAGGCUAUUCUAACGAUAUUUAUAUAACUCGCAAGUGCGAAUUUCGAAUUCAUCUCUAUCUCUCUCUGUUUAACACGAUACUAUAGAAUGAGAAAGAUAGCAGUAAUUUCGAAACUCGCACUUGCGAGUUAUAUAAAACAUCGUUAGAGAAUAGCCGUGCAGUAUUGUAUAGGCUAGUUGUCACCCCCUAUCAAAACCACCCUCUUUAUACUAUUAGUAAGUAUACUUACAUGUUAAUUUAAUUUAUUUAUUAUUCAUAAUAAGCUAUGAUAUUUUUAUUUGUUUUUAUAAUAUAAUGACAUUUUUUUAAAUGGUCUAAAAUUGUUCAUUAUCGUUCUACUACAUUGAAAAAAAAUAUCAGAGACGAGAAUACAUAAAAAUUUUAAUUUUCACACAUUUUAUUGACAAUACGAACCAAAACGCUGUCAGCCAUGAUGGUCUAUAUUUUAUAGUUUCAUGACGUCAUGUAAACACUAAACCUUAACGAAACGGUAUUAACGAAAACAUCGACUUUCUAAAGGAUGUUAGGGUGAAUUUCAUAUGAAUUGAAUUUUUUACACUUAUUAUUUACACUAAUAAUUCUAUAAUAAGAAUUAAAAAAAAAUACAACUGACAUCAAAACAUAAAUGUACCCACGAAACUAAAAAGCGAAAAAUAUCAUUAUAAUAUUUUCUACCAGUGGGUAGAAAUAUUAUGUUAACUUCAUCACCUUCAAAGUUAAGGUGGUAAAAAGGGCUUGGCAUCAACUUCACAGUGAUCAGUGGAUUAUUUUGAAGUUGGUGAACGUGUUGUAUUGAUUUCCAUUGUUACUGAAAAAUACAUGAAAGAAAAAAAGAAUGCCUUGAAUUAAUAGAUCGGCAUCUCCUUCAAAGUAAUCAGUAGGUAGAAAAUUUUAUAAUGUUAUUUUUAGCUUUCUAGUUACAUAUUUUAUGUUUUGAAGUCGGUUGUAAUUAUUUUUAAAUAUUUAUUAGGUACCUACUUCAUUUUAUAAGGCAAGGUAGGGCGCGGCGUGUGACUAGGGUGGUAUCAAUUAAGUAAUUGCAUUUAUGGGGUCACCACGACUUCUAUAUUAUUCUAGCCAACGAUUUUAUACUAUUAGAUAUGUUUCGUGUCGGCAAAACCACCGCAAAAAGUUAUCCGAAUUUAGCUACUCCACUGAGUCCACACAUGCACAAUUUUGUGAUUACUUACAUUAUAUGUUUAUGUAUACAGGGUGUCCUGUAUAUAUUACGACAUACUAUGCAGGCUGAUAGCUGACAUAAAGCCCUACUAAAAUAAUGUCAUAUACCUAUGUAAGCCGAAUAUUAUUUACUUAUUUUUUUUUACGGUUUUAAAAUUAUAUUAAUUUUUCUUCAAAAUACAAAAAUCCCUACCUUCAGAAAAAAAUAGUCUGACCAGGUGCUGAAAAAUUAUUUACGGGUUGAUUUUAUAUUUGGUAUUUUUGAGUAAGUACUUGUUUCAACUAAUGAAACUUUAGGUUUUCCUUUUACAAAGCAAGUUUUUCCAAAAAUGUCUAAUGUCUUACAUCAUUGGAAUCCUUAUUAAAUGGACAUAUUUUUAAGGUAUGUGUACAGCUUCGCCUAGUACAUUUAUUUUUCUUUGCGAAAGUUAAAAUAGAUGAAACAACUAUUCAAAAUUAAUACCAAGUAUCAACGCUUUAGUAGUUUUUCAGCACAUGGUAUGACUAAACUCCGUCGAAGGUAUGGUAAAGUAGAUUUUUGUAUUUUGUUAAAAAAAUAUAAUUAUAAUUUAAAAAUUAUUCGGUUUUCGGCUAUAUAUAGUAUGGGUAGCAACCCAACUAGUAUUUUUAGUAAGCGGAAAGCUGAUAACACCAAAUAAGUAGAUAAAGUAGUCAACAAUAGUCUGGUCUGUAUCCCGAAUUUUGAUAAGAUUAGCUAUGUGUCUACUAAUCUAAUUUUGCCAAAAGUAGAAGAUAUGAUAAUUUUGAUCCAUAUUUAUAUUAUAAUAAAGUCGAGUCAUCAUAUCAGCUGAUGGACGUCCACUGCAGGACAUAGGCCUUUUGUAGGGACUUCCAAACAUCACGAAUCUGAGUCACCUGCAUCCAGCGAAUCCCUGCUGCCCCUGCGAAAGGUCGACAGACACUGCGCUUUCUAGUGCGGGGUCGCCAUUCCAGCACUUUGGGACCCUAACAUCCAUCGGCUCUUCGAACUAUGUGCCCCGCCCAUUGCCACUUCAGCUUCGCAACUCGUUGAACUAUGUUAGUGACUUUGGUUCUUCUGUGGAUCUCCUCAUUUCUGAUUCAAUCACGCAGAGAUACUCCUCACAUAGCUUGUUUCAUCGCCCGCUGUGUGACUUUGAGCUUUCUUAUGAGGCCCAUAGUUAGCGACCAAGGUCGAGGUCGAGGUAAAGUCGACUUUAAUUUUUUUACUAGUUUUACUAGUUUUAGGCUUUAGUCAAUUAGUAAUGGUCUAAGAUCCGGUCCGGUCUAAUUCGGAAUGGUCUAAGGUCUAAAUAUCGUCUACAAUGACGAGCUGUGUGUUCAGAAAGUGUAAAAAAUAUAUAGAUAUAAAUAUAUAAUGGAAUUAAAGACAAAAUUGUGCAUGUGUGCGCUCAAUAUUGUAGACUAUCAUUCAGAUCAUUUUUUGAGAUGAUUUUGUAGGGACGUGACAUAUCUACAGUAUAAAAUAAUCGUUGGGUAUGGGGAUAAAGCCUUUGUUAUUCCCCCAUAAUGUAGCUUUCUAUUCAUGAAAGAUUUUCUAUAUCGUUUUAGUAGAUUUUGAGUUUAUUCGUUACAUUCAAAAAUAAAAACAUUUCGUCUUUAAAAUAUUAAUGUAGAUAUAGCUUACAAUUUCGUACGGUUAUAGUAAAAUUGAAUAUUUCCAAUAUAUAUUUUUAUGGAAAUUGAUUUUUUAUUAGCUGGUCAAUUCGACUGCAAUGGUAAGUGGUGACGCAGUGUGGCAGGCAACUUGUUUAAACAAAAUCGCUUUGUAGUAGGUAGAUACGUACGAGUAUAAUACGAUAGAAUAUGUCAAAGACGAAAUAUGUGACGAGCGGGGAGUCAACCUUGUGCCUUCUAGAUAAACGUAUACCACCUACACAUAAUAAAGGUAAACUUAGUUUCGUCAGGUAAGAUACUCAGCUGUCUCUAUUGCCGGAUAUGAGAAUUUUCAAAUCGAUCUAAACAAAAAAUAUACAUCAAAAAAUAUACGCCAGGCUUCCAUGGUGCAGUGGUAUGCGGGGUGGACUUACAAGACGGAGGUCCUGGGUACGAUCCCCGGCUGGGUCGAUUGAGGUUUUCAUAAUUGCUCCAAGUCUGGCUGGUGGGAGGCUUCAGCCCAGGCUAGUUACCACCCUAUUUAGCGUUCCGGUACGAUGUCGUGUAGAAACCGAAAGGAGUGUGGAUUUCAUCUUACUCCUAAUAAGUUAGCCCACUUCCAUCUUAGAUUGCAUCACCACGUACCAUCAGGUGAGAUUGUAGUCAAGGGCUAACCUGUAUAGAAUAAAAAAAAUAUCAUUAUUAGGCUAAAUUAAACCCACCACGUUGUUCAAGUGCGAGCGAUAAUUUCCAUAAUCCUCGAAUGAAUACUGUUCCUGUCAUCCCACUUCUGAUGUCGGAGUAUUUUUCAUCGGGUUUUACAUCAGAAGCCGUUGUUGGCAAAACACAAUUACUGAAUGAAAAUCUGUCAGGUCUAACAAUCCCCACUAAGAAUGUUACCAAUAAACCCUACAAACAUCGUUCACAAGUGCGUGACUCCACUCAAGGUCAUUCUCUGCCACUCAGGGUCUAUUGGUAACAUUCUUAGUGGAAAUUGUUAGAACUGACAGAUUUUCAUUCAGUAAUUGUGUUUUGCAGACAACCGCUUCUGAUGUACAACCCCUUUAUACCUACUGCGACAUAGAUGAUAUUUGUUUAUGUUAGUGCUGGAG